GAGAUACAGCUCACCGUCUGGAUUGGACCGAAUAUCCUCGGUGCAGGAAACAAGGUUACACUCCUCGUAUAUCUUUCAUCGAUUAGGCCAAUCAUCAUGCAGCUACCCCAUUAUCAGCAAUCAAGGACAUCUAUAUACAGCAUUCCUGUCAACUUCCCAUAUCUGCAACACCUUGAUCCAUGACCUCUGACCACACAAACUGAUAAACACCAUGACGGUCCCAUCAACUCCACAUUGGAAAUCAGCGGUGCAGCAAAAACGCACCGCCCAACUCAACGCCAUCCCUCCCUCCUGGCGUCUCCCUUCCACAAUCCUCACGCCUCCCCUCCCCAACACCCUCGAGACCAUCCGAACAUGCGGCCUCCUUUCUGCGGAGGAACUUGAAUGGACCGAGACUAACGAUGUGUCGAAUCUCCUUUCCCUCCUAGCUUCGAGAGAGGUGAGUUCCGUGCAGUUGACCACGGCGUUCUGCAAGCGGGCGGCAAUCGCGCAGCAGAUGACCAAGUGUCUGACGGAGAUCUUUUUCGACCGGGCGUUGGCGCGAGCGAAGGAGCUGGAUGGUCAGUAUGAGAAGACCGGUAUCCUGACAGGGCCUCUGCAUGGACUGCCGGUCUCCAUCAAGGAUCGGUUUGAUGUGGAGGGGAUGGAUACUACGGUUGGAUGGGUUGGCUUGAUUGGCAAGCCAGCACAGAGGUCCAGUUCCAUCGCCAGAUUGCUAGAGUCCAUGGGCGCAGUGCUCUACGUCAAGACCAAUAUACCACAGUCUCUGAUGAUGUCUGACUCAUACAAUCACAUCUUCGGCCAAUCCCUCAACGCGUUCAACCACGAGCUCAUCUCCGGCGGCAGCUCUGGAGGCGAAGGUGCUCUGAUUGGUGUGCGAGGGAGUAUUCUAGGUAUCGGGACGGAUAUCGGGGGCUCGAUCCGCAUCCCGGCUGCCUUGCAGGGUCUCUACUCUAUCUGUCCGACAACGGGCCGUGUCCCGUGGGACUGUUCUUUUAUGCAUCAGCACUACCUCGUUCCCCCAGUCGCAGGGCCCAUGGCUCGAAGCAUCGCGACAAUCGAGUACUUUAUGCAGUCACUUCUCGAUUCGAACCCCUGGGACGUCGACCCAGGUUGCAUACCUAUUCCAUGGAGGAAGGAGUUAGCGGCCUUGCCUGACCGCAAGCUCAAGUUGGGAGUCGUCUUCGACGACGGGGUGGUCAAGCCACAGCCGCCUAUAACUCGUGCUCUACGCGAAGUCGUAACGAAGCUUGCAGCAGCUGGCCAUGAAGUCAUCGAAUGGAACACUUCCCUCCACAUCACAGGCACAAAUCUUUGGAAGAAAGCUAUCCUAGCAGACGGGGGCUCUCACUGCAAACAGCUCUGUGACAUUGUCGAUGAGCCGCUGAUCGAAGGGAUGCUAGUCGGGACUCCAGCCGAUGCACUUUCCCUUCUGGAACGGGAAAAGGUAGCUCAUAGGCCACUAGAUCAGGACCCCUCACAAGUCCACCAGCUGACGCUUUACAGCUCGAGGAAGAAAAGUGGCUCUUCCAAGAACGUUAUCUAAAGCAGUGGAAAGACAGCGGCAUCGAUGCGCUCCUCAUGCCCGUAACGCCCUGGGUGGGCUACCGGC